AUGUUACAUAAUAAUUGCAAGGCCAGAAAGAAACACAAAGAAAGCCAUCAUGAGUCGAGGCACCACAAAGUAACACUGUUAACACAGCUGUCUCUCUGUCUGAUCCUAUGUAUUUUUGAAUUGAGUCAUAAUUACCAGGUCACAAUACAAGUAAUAAAGAUUUUGUUAAAAAUACUUAAAUUAUUCUAUAUAAUUUUUCAUUAACCACCUAUUAUUCCACUAUUGAGAACUAAUUCAACUUUACAUGACUACAUCUUACACGGGGCUUACUGCAGUAGUUAUCCACAGCCAACAGAUUGUUUAAAUCUUAGCUUUGAUAAAAUAAAAUAAAGUGUCUUUGAGUGCAGUAUAAUAAACAUGUCUUAAAGGUACAAAUCAAUUUCUGGCAGUACAUCUAACAGUAGCUUACAACGCUCACACAUGCACAGUACUCGCAUGAAUAGUUACUGUACUACUGUAAUCAUGCCUGUCUGAGCAUUCAUAUAGGAGUGUGAAGGGACUGUUUGGCUGGUCAGUACUAAUAAUGAUACUCUAUUUUAUAUUUAAUUGGACAAGAUAGAUAUCCUUUUAUGGUUCUCCACCUCACAACAAACAGUUGGAACCAUGUUAGACCAUGAACUCAUUCUGUAGUCAAUGCUAUAGCAACUGUGACAGUGUACACUAUAGACAGUGUACCAGUAGCUGCAUUUCCACUUUCCCAAGAAACUAGGAACCUUUCAAGGUUCAGGGUGACUUAAUGGUUCCUGUGGGACACUUUGUUGUACAACAGCAGUAACCACAUACAAUCCAUACCUGACAGUAACAUGAUCUGUUGUGUAGGACUAGAUGUUACUCUGCCUCAAAGAAUACACGCAACACUGAUGACACUCUGUGAGAUAGUCAAUUGAGUGAUGGUAUCCUUUGGGUUGUCGUGGGUGCCCUCCUUGGGUGUUUAACUGAUAGACCCACAACACCUCCAGAGGGAUCAGCAGUGAAUCCCAGCAUCCCAGUUUCACUCCCUAAAUGCCAUCAACUCACUUGAAGACCCAGGCAGAGUCCCUCUUUUUCAUCCACAGCCACUGGCUCCCCUUCUCAGCAGCCCUGGAGAGGUCUUUGACUGCCUGCUGGAGGGCCUCCCCUCACACUCCCAUCUCCCUGAGUAGCCUGGAUGUUGAGGUGGCUACGAACCCUCUGCAGCCUACUUCCACUGGGUGUACGUUUCCACCUUUCCAGCCUUGUUGUUCGUCGGCUGCAAGUUCAGCUUACCUCAGCUUCUUGCAUUCGUAGGCCUCCAUGAGCUCCAUGAUUACACAAGCUUGAGUGAGGCUGACCCCAGAACAAGGUCUGGUCACAAGUUGGUGGAUGCGAUCUCAGCUGGGAAGCAGUGCUUGUUGCUGAAGUCCGCCAACAGCUUCCAGUCCUGUGCUCUGCCCAGCUGCCCAGUGUCUGGUCUUAUGGUGGUGAGGCUGGCUUGCCCCUUGCCCUCCUGGAUGAUGUCUUGAUCACCAACAGGUUGGUGGAGAAGGAAGGAUGUUCACGCUUGUCCGUCCACUUUCCAGCACUGCUGCAAGACACUUUAGCACCUGGUGGUGCCGCCAGGUGUAGCAGCCUUGGGUGAGGCCAGUCUUGCAUCCCACCGAGUUGUGUUUCAGUGUUGCUGGACCUGGAGAUAGAGGUCAUGUGGGGUCUUCGCUAUACCUCUGGCUUAGGUUUGCAGGAGAAGGCAGGACAUCGUAGGCAGCCCUAAUGGUAAAGCUCACCUUGAAUGCCUCCAUCUCCCUCAGCUCUUUCCAGGAGAUCUUCCUCUUCUCCACUCUUACCCAUGCCAUCCACUGCCGUUGCUUUGCCUGCACCACUGCUUGUGCGUACCUUCCCCCUUCCUCUUCCCAACAUACCUCCUGGACCACCAGCUUGCGUCUCUCAGAUGGAGUGGCCUUGUUCCACGCUGGUGUACUGGUCCCAAGGCCAACACAUUCCUCCCCUCCUGCACUCAGCCCACGAUGUCCCUGUGUCUGCCUUUGCCAUCAUCUCCAGUCUGACUUUGGUGCACUUGUACUCUCUGCUAGAUUGGAAAUGGGCAGGUGUAGCAUCCUUCACUGUAGAGCCCAACCCUGCUGAAGCACCUGGGAAGGCCAAGCCACAUCCUUACAUAUGAGCUGACCAGUCUCUCCAGCUUUUCCAGAUUUGAGAGCAGGACUUCAUAGAGGGUCGCUGGCUACUACCUUCCUGAGCUGCUCUACUUGCUCUUUGUCUUUGAGGGAGGCAUCAAUGACCUAGACGGUAAGACACUGGUCAGACCAGUAGCUGCAUUUCCAAUUUCCCCAGAAACUAGGAACCUUUCAAGGUAACUUAAUGGUUCUUGUGGGACACUUUGUUGUACAACAGCAGUAACCACAUACAAUCCAUCAGUGUCAAUAACAUAAAUACAAUCGCAAAUUCAAAUACAAAUACAUUUAUAAGGAGUCAUUUAAAAUGCAGUGUGGGCUUUUUUUCUGCAUUGUGUUCAGAUGGUAACAAACUCUCACUAUGCAAGGCUUUGUGAACAUGUAUACACAGGGCUGUCUCUCGCCAUUUUAGUGCCUGAGGUAAAAUUUGAAUUUGGUGCUACACCCACCACCACAGCACAAUCUGGUCAGAUUACCAGGGACAACAAUUAAUUAUAUGUUUCUCAUCCUGUUUUUGGAUAUGUCUAGUGUUAUUUUUACCUGAUAUAACCCAGCUAUCUUGUUCCGGUUAUUCAUUGCAGGAAUAAGAGCCAUUUUCAACGCUCUUCGAGUAUGGACACCCGGGGAGGGACUUUGAAUGACAGCCUUGACAAUUUCGUUUGAUUGGCCAGAGAGCUGUGUCCCUGGGAGGAUCUGGAUGGAACCGAUGAGAGAGCAGCCCCAGUUACAGGAACGAUUUAUUCUAAAUGGGAUGCAUAAAACUGGAGAUGUGAUUCUAGGUGGACUUUUUGCAAUCAACUUCUUUUCUGCUGACCCUGACCUGACUUUUACCUCUAAGCCACAGCUGCCUAUCUGCUAUGGUUUUAAUGAUAUAGGAUUCAGACAGGCUCAGUCCAUGGCCUUUGCCAUUGAUGAGAUCAACAGAAAUGCCAACUUGUUGCCUAAUGUAACUCUGGGAUACAGUCUGUAUGAUAACUGCCGCCAAAUAGGAUUUCAUGCAGCACUGUUCUUGGCCAGUGGUCAAGAAGAGCAAGUUACAUUAAAGGAGAACUGUGUAGGAACUCCUCCAGUCCUAGGGAUUGUGGGUGACUCUUCCUCGAGACGUUCUAUUGCCAUAUCUACAGUCUUAGGUUUGUACAGAGUGCCUCUGGUGAGUUAUUUUGCCACCUGUUCCUGCCUGAGUGACAGACAAAAGUUCCCAUCUUUCUUCAGGACGAUCCCAAGUGAUGCUUUUCAGGUGAAUGCUAUGAUUCAGAUUCUAAAACACUUUGGUUGGACUUGGGCAGGUCUGCUCAUCAGUGAUGAUGAUUACGGAGUCCACGCUGCCCGAUCCUUUCACUCUGAUCUGGGUCCAGCUGGUGGAGGUUGUCUGGCUUACACAGAGAUUUUGCCCUGGGGUUACAACCCUGCUGAACUAAGGAAAAUAGUGGAUGUGAUGAGGAAAUCUACAGCUCGAGUGGUGAUUGUAUUUGCCUAUGAGAGUCACAUGAUUAACCUCAUGAAUGAGGUGGUGAGGCAGAAUGUGACAGACCUGCAGUGGAUUGCCAGUGAAGCCUGGUCAGCAGCUGAUGUGCUCCAGACUCCUCACCUCAUGCCGUACCUAGGUGGAACACUGGGCAUCGCCAUCCGUCGAGGAGAAAUACCAGGACUCAGGGACUUCCUGUUACAAAUACGUCCUGACCUACAUCACAACAACACAUAUGGAAACAGCAUGGUGAAUCAGUUUUGGGAACACACAUUUCAGUGUAGAUUUGCACCACCUCCAGCAGGUUGGGUGGAAGCUGGAGGAGAAUUAUGCACUGGACAGGAAGUUAUAGAGAAUGUGGAGAAUGAAUUGGUGGAUGUUUCAAAUCUCAGACCAGAGUAUAAUGUGUAUAAGGCUGUGUACGCUCUGGCGUAUGCUCUUGAUGACAUGCUGCAGUGUGAGCCAGGGAGAGGACCUUUCAACAACAACACCUGUGCUCAUUUACAAAGACUGGAGCCAUGGCAGCUUGUGUAUUACUUGGACAAAGUCAACUUCACCACAACAUUUGGUGAUCAAGUGUCAUUUGAUGUGAAUGGUGAUACCAUACCAAUAUAUGACAUCAUGAACUGGGUGUGGCUCCCUGAUGGUAGAACUAAAGUUCAGAGAGUGGGUGAGGUUAAGAGGUCAGCCUUCAAAGGUGAAGAACUCACACUGGAUGAAGACAAGAUCUUCUGGAACUAUGAAUCCAAACAGCCUCCUCGGUCAGUGUGCAGUGAGAGCUGUCCUCCAGGUACCCGUAAAGCCAGAAAGAAGGGGGAACCUGAGUGUUGUUUUGAUUGUGUCCCUUGUUCUGAGGGAAAGAUCAGCAAUACAACUGACUCCAUGGAGUGCACCAGUUGUCCAGAAGAUUUCUGGUCCAGCCCCCAGCGUAACCACUGUGUUCCUAAGAAAACAGAGUUCCUCUCCUACCAUGAGCCUCUGGGUAUCUGCUUGACAACUACCUCACUGUUGGGCACAUUUAUCUGUGUUGUUGUUCUGGGCAUCUUCAUCCAUCAUCACAGCACACCUAUAGUUCGUGCCAACAAUUCAGAACUCAGUUUUCUUCUCUUGGUGUCACUCAAACUGUGUUUCUUGUGUUCAUUGCUCUUCAUUGGACGACCCAUAUUAUGGACUUGCCAACUAAGACAUGCAGCAUUUGGCAUCAGCUUUGUGCUUUGUGUCUCAUGUAUCCUGGUGAAAACCAUGGUGGUUCUGGCUGUGUUCAGGGCCUCCAAACCAGGAGGGGAGUCUAGUCUCAAGUGGUUUGGUGCUGUGCAGCAAAGAGGGACAGUUCUGGUUCUGACUUCUGUUCAAGCAGCAAUCUGCACUGUCUGGCUUGUCUCUGCUUCACCAAUGCCUUAUAAAAACACCCAGUAUCACAGUGACAAGAUAGUUUAUGAGUGUAUAGUUGGGUCCACUGUUGGUUUUGCAGUUUUACUUGGUUAUAUUGGUUUACUGGCUGUCCUCAGUUGUGUGUUAGCUUUUCUAGCAAGGAAUCUUCCAGACACUUUUAAUGAGGCCAAACUCAUCACUUUCAGCAUGCUGAUCUUCUGUGCAGUGUGGGUGGCCUUUGUCCCUGCUUACAUCAGCUCACCAGGCAAAUAUGCAGAUGCAGUGGAGGUAUUUGCCAUCCUUGCCUCCAGCUUUGGCCUCUUGGUGGCACUGUUUGGACCCAAAUGUUAUAUAAUCUUGUUGAGACCAGAGAGAAACACAAAGAAAGCCAUCAUGGGUCGUGGUAACACAAAGUGACAUUGUUAACACAGCAGUCUCUUAAUCUGAUCCUAUCUAUUUUUAAGUUAUAAUUACCAGGUCACAAUAAAAGCAAUAAAGAUUUUGUUAAAAAAUAUUUAAA